AUGGGGAAGCCGCAGCCGAGAUCGGCCAUGGUGAAACCGUGGGGCAUCCUCUCCCGGUUCCUCCUCUUCUCUGUAGCUUUCAUGCUCGGCAUGGCGUCCACCUUCCUCCUCCAGUCACUACUCCCCACCACUGGUACCGUGAUCUGGCUUGCCUCUGCUGACCUCUCUGCGGCACCUACUUCUGCACCUCCGGGGCUGGUCCUGGGGCCGCCUCUCCCGCAGGAGCUCGGGGACGGCGAUAAAAAAGAGAGUGGCGGCGGUGGUGGAGACGAAAGCGGGGGCAUGGUGAUGCUGCACAACAUGACGGACGACCAGCCGCUGCUGCGGGCGUCUAUGGCUCCGAGGAUCAAAGGGAUCAGCUUGCUGGUGCCUCCCGCGCCUAAGGUGGCGUUCAUGUUCCUCGUGCGUGGUGAGCUGCCAUUGGCGCCGUUGUGGGAGAGGUUCUUCCAUGGGCACACUGCACUGUUCUCGGUGUACGUGCACCCUGACCCUACAUACCUCAGCUCACCGGAGAAGGGGUCGGUCUUCUACGGCCGCCGUGUGCCCAGCAAGGAAGCUCGUUGGGGGAAGUCUAGCAUAGUCGAGGCCGAGCGUCGUCUCCUCGCAAGUGCUCUCCUCGAUGCCAUGAACCAACACUUCGUCCUACUCUCUGAGACAUGUGUCCCUCUCUACAACUUCACCACGGUCUACUUCUACCUCACGCAAUACGCUGGUGCUACCUCCUUCGUCGACCACUUCGAUACACAACGUUCUCGUGGCCGCUAUAGACCUGCCAUGGCGCCCACCGUCACGCUCGCUAAUUGGCGCAAGGGCUCCCAGUGGUUCGCGACUGACCGGGGUCUCGCGCUUGAGGUCAUCAGCGACGUGACCUACUUCCCGGUUUUCCAACGCCACAGCAAUGGCCCCUGCAUCAUGGACGAGCACUACCUGCCGACAUUUAUCGCCGCCUCAAAGUGGCAUGGGAAUGCAAACCGUACACUCACGUUUACCCAGUGGACAAGGGGGCCUCAUCCUGAUAGCUACAAUGACGUAAGUGUCGACCUGCUUCAGGGGAUGAGGAACCAUGGGAACUGCAGCGAUGGUGGCGGGACCACAUCGCUUUGCUACCUCUUUGCAAGGAAGUUCCCAUCGGGCGCGUUGCCGGAGCUACUCAGGCUGGCGCCCAGAGUCAUGCGGUUUGGGUGA